UACUAAUAGCUGAUCUGACGGCCAGGCUGUUUACGUCAGCGGCUUCAAUGUGCGCCAAGCGCCUGUUGUAAAAGUCAUGGGCACUUUUACAGUAAUGCAAGAACCUGUUAUAUUGACUACCAACCUCUCGAUCCCAUCACACGAACCCUAGCCCAGGGGAGAUAUAACAAAUAUCGAUGUUACCUGCUGAGGCGCCAGUAAGAACGACGAAGAGAAAGAGACAAAUCCAAACUGACGAGACGGACAUCGGGACUAAGUUGGAGAAGAAACUGCAUCAUGACACAAAGGAGGUCAGGAAAGCCGCGAAGAAGGCAAAAACCUUCGAGAUGCAAAAGAUUUUAAAGAAAAUGAAAGACGCGAGGCGCAAAGGCGACGAUAAUGCAGUCAAAGAUAUCGAAGCACAGCACACGGCUCUCAAGCAACUCGACUCCGGUCCUAUCGCCGACUCAGCUCUAUCAACGAAAAUCAAGAAAGACAAAUUCCUUUCACAGGAUCCCAACCUGCAAUCUGCGAUGUCCAAAUCAUUGUCUCCCAGCGUGAUCGCACCCACUGUACCUGGGUCCGCAGUAGGUGUAGUCCAAAGCAGGCUACUUAGUUCCAAGGUCCUGGCGGUUGAUGUUUCUCGUAUAAUCGAGGGACUUCGGCGUUUACUGAACCCUGCGGAGCGGGUCUACCAAUCAGAAGUCAAUGACGCCGAAGCAUCACUGCCUCAAAAGAAAAAACAGAAGAUACAACAAAAUGAGGGUUUGCCUAAGGUCCCUCUGGUGGAUACAUCUUCUAAAGAAAAACCAAGAGCAGAUGUUGAAGAUGAUGGUUGGGAGUCAGGCACGGUUAGCGACGGCGAUCAUUCUGUCCAGGGAGAUUCGGGGGUCGAUGAAGGACCCGACGAGGAAGACAACUUCACCUCCGAUGGUGGUGAUGACCUCUCCGUCCCUCGUGAACGAGCAAAUCAGGGAAAUCCAAAGGCAAUACAAUCUACUUUCCUACCUUCCCUUUCGGUGGGUUUUAUUCGCGGAGGCUCGGACACCGAUUUUAGCGACAGCGAGGAGAAAGCAACUGACACUGCCAAGAAGAACAGACGUGGUCAGCGGGCACGCAGGGCAAUAUGGGAGAAGAAAUUUGGAAGACAUGCCAAUCAUGUGAUCAAGCGGAAUGCUUCUAACCGUCCCGAUAUCCCUUCCGGCAAUGUGGUUGUGCGCCGAGAUCAACGACAGCACAGGAAUGGUAAUCACGAUUCCGAUGGCGCGCCGUUCUCUGGUUACACGCGGAACACCCGAAUACCAGACAAGAACAGAUACGACGCAUCCGCACACCUGAUGUCAGGUAACCAUAAGGAAGAGAAAUCGCUUCAUCCAUCCUGGGAGGCCAAGAAGAAACAACAAAAUGUCGCAAUUGUACCCGCACAAGGCACAAGAAUUGUUUUCAGUUAGUCUUAAACGUCAUCUGAACACGAGAACGCGCAUCAUACGGAUUCAUCCAAUAUAUACAUAACCCAGCUCAGUGGACAUUACGCAUGUAUCAAAUAAAGCUGCU